AUGUAAGAAUAACCAUAACUUUGUAGAAUUUAAGAAUACAAGAAAAUAAUUAGAACAUAUAAGGCUGAUUAAGUUAUAGAGAAAAUUAAAGAAAUUAAAAAUGCUCUUGAAGUAAAUUAAGAACACGAAAAAAAAUAUUAAGAAUCUUAUCUUUAAAGAUUAAAAUGUGAAGAAUGUAGAAAUGAAAUAAAAUUAUUAAGAUCACUAAUUUACAAUUUAUUAAGAGAAGGUUACUUAAAAACAGCAUAAAAAUUGAUACAAUUAUAUAAAAUAGAUGUAGUAUAAAAAGAAUGUAAUAAGUUUUGA